GCUUUCCGUGCGCUCAGACGCCAUAUAGGACCAAUAUAGGGAUGCGUUCUCUAUCAUUCUCUAUGGCUGGGAGAUUUCCAAACUUUUUUUGUAUCACCCUGUCAUCACAGAAACAUUGAUGAAGAAGUGACUGGCUGCGACUUCAACUGUUUGUUGUUGUAGCUUUCAUUUAUAACCACAUGUUCACAGCAUUUAUCCUACAGAAUGCGUUCCCUUGGACUGUGUAGUUUGAUGUUUCUUGUGAUCGUUGUUUGUUCCACGGAGUUGACGUUUGAGUUACCUGAUAACGACAAGCAAUGUUUCUAUGAAGAGCUCCAGAAUGGAGUGAAGUUUGACCUAGACUUUCAAGUGAUUGCAGGAGGGAACUACGAUGUGGACUGCUUUGUAACAGAUCCAGUGAACAAUGUCCUGUAUCAGGAGAGGAAGAAGCAGUAUGAUAGCUUCUCUCACACCACCACUAUGAAAGGAACCUACAAGGUCUGCUUCAGCAACGAGUUCUCUACCUUCUCCCACAAGACCGUCUACCUGGACUUCAGGUCCGGAGAGGAGAGACCCCUACUGCCUGACAUGAACAGAGACACAGCCUUAACACAGAUGGAGUCGGCCUGUCUGUCCAUCCAUGAGAUCCUGAAGGUAGUGUCUGACUCUCAGACCUGGUAUCGGUUACGGGAGGCUCAUGACCGCAUCCGAGCAGAGGACCUCCAUGAGCGUGUGUCCUAUUGGUCGAUAGGAGAAACUAUAAUCCUUUUCACUGUCAGCAUUGGACAGGUUCUCAUUCUCAGGAGCUUCUUCAGUGACAAGAAGGGCAGUGUUUCAGCCAACACAUAGAUCCCACCAUUAUUAUAUAUAUGAUACAUUCUAUAAUACUGGGUUAGUGUUGCAGCCAACACAUAGAUCCCACCAUUAUUAUAUAUAUAUGAUACAUUCUAUAAUACUGGGUUAGUGUUGCAGCCAACCCAUAGAUCCCACCAUUAUUAUAUAUAUAUAUGAUACAUUCUAUAAUACUGGGUUAGUGUUGCAGCCAACACAAUAUAUUGUAUUAUAGGUCAUCUGCAACUAGACUGUAACCUACCUUCAUACCCCACAACAAACUGUAGUCCUAUACAGUUAUAUUAAAGGACUUCAGGAACUAUUAAAUCUGUCUGGUAUUAAGACACUAGCUUGUGGACUCUAGCCUCUGAAAAUGAAAUACUGUGGUUGCAACAGCUGUUUAGUGAUUUCAAUCAAAAUAGGUGCAACCUAACACACCUGUGGUACACCAAGCCUUUAUUUGUUUUUGUCUCAGUGUACAUCAUUAAUUUGUGCUAUGACAUUAAUUUAUUGUGUGUGUAAAACGUUUUGUUGGUCUGUCUCGCCCUCUCUCUUGUACACAGUCACACACACCAUAACCCCACAAUUUGAUUUCCAUUUCAAAUCCUAUUUUCCCUUUCCUUAACCCCAACCCCUAAGCCUUUGUCCUUGUGGGGAUGUGGUAAAUGUUCCCACGAGGGAGGAUUUUCCUUGUUUUACUAUCCUUGUGAGGACUUUUGGCAAUUCCUGGCCCACUUGAAGAUAGGGGCGUGUCUUGACUAUCAUUAAAGUCAAUAAUGUUACAUUA